GAAAGAGAGUGUGAAACGGGCUUUAAAACUAACAAACUUGCCUGUUUCCUCCAUCAAUAUUCUUCAACACUGCCUCUGUCUAUCUAAAUUUGCACUCUUUCUGUUACACAAUUUGUUUGUUUUUAGUUUUACUUUAUGGCUCUGUGUCUUUUCAUUCUCUACCCCUUCUUCUUCUUCUUCUUCUUCUUCUUCUUCUUCUUCCCUUUUAACUCUUCCUUUUUACCCCUCCUUUUUCUACAUAUAUUUCUCACCCUUCCAAUACAAUACCCAAUAAAAGGAAAAAAAACAUUCACUGAUCUUUCUUUACUGUUCCAUUGAGAUCCAUUGAUAUUAAUUACAUCAUCCUAUCUAUUUAUAUAUAUAUACAUAGUUUCAUCCUAUCAUUACUCUCUUUCCCCAUUUCUUCCUUUUCCCCACCCACCAAUUUCUUCUCCCUUUUUCUUUUUUUCCAUUUUUUUGCCUUUUGGAGGGUGGGGAGAAGGGAAGAAUGGAAGUUGAUCAUCAAGAUUCAGUUAUGGGGUCCAAAGAACAAGCUCUGAUAGCCAAAGGAAAGAGAACCAAGCGCCAAAGGCUUCAUUCUCCAAUCCCUUUUGCUGUUCCAACCAAUUCUUCAAGUGGGGAAUUAGGAGGAUUUGUUGUUGAUGAUGAUGAUUCUAAUUUUGUAGCAGAAAACAAUGAUUAUCAUCACAUCAAUACCAAUUUUUCUCCUUCUUCAUCCUCUGCUGAAUUGCAGCAAUUUAACACCACCACUUCUGAAGAAGAAGAAGACAUGGCUAAUUGUCUUAUUCUCCUUGCUCAAGGGAGACCCCCUUGUUCCCCACCGCCGAAACAAGUCGAUACUGGACCGUUUCAUCAUCUUAACAAUAAUGUUCGGAGAUUCACGGCGGAGAAUGUUGCAGUCGGAAAUGAAAAGGGUGGGGUCAGAUGCUAUGCUUAUGAGUGCAAGACAUGUUAUAGGACAUUCCCUUCAUUUCAAGCAUUGGGAGGACAUAGGGCUAGUCAUAAGAAGCCUAAAGCCAUGGAAGCUGAAAAGAAGAUUCUUUUGUCUUCAGAUGAUGAAGAGAUACAAUUCAAGAACAAUAUCACACAGUCACUUUCUUUGCAAUUGAAUCAGAGGGGAAGUUUGCAUAGCAGUGGCAAGGCUAAGGUUCAUGAGUGUGCUAUUUGUGGGGCUGAAUUUACAUCUGGGCAGGCCUUGGGAGGCCAUAUGAGGCGCCACCGUGCCAUGCCAGUCGGGACGAACACCGCGUUGUCUCUGACUCCGAUGAACAUGGAAGGUGAGGAACAAAGACAACCAAAGAGGCAAAGAAGUGUAAUUUCUUUGGAUUUGGAUCUCAAUCUUCCUGCUCCUCAAGAACAUGAUCAAAGAGAAUCCAAGUUCUUGAUAAAGUCAAACCAACAACAGCAACAACAGCAGCAGCCACAACAACAACAACAUAAUAAUAAUAAACAACAGCAGCAGCCACUUGUUUUUCCUGCCAGGACUUUGGUUGACUGUCAUUACUAAGGAUGCAUAACAAUUCUAAAAAUUUUCCCCCCUAAAAGAUUUGAUUUUCCAUCGUUGUUUCUGAUGAUCGACUUGAUGUGAUUAUGUGAAUUUAUCUUCUUCAUUUAUUUAUUUUUUUUACAUUUUACUUUUGUUUGAAAAUUUACCUUUCAUUGUCAUCAAAUUCUUUUAAUUUUUAUUUUGCAUUCUUUCUUUACCCCCAACUUUGAUAAAAUGUUGUUAUAAUGGAACUAAUGAAAUUGUUUUCUGAAACGCAUUGUUAGAAUUGCCUCUAAGCUUUUUGGUCAUGAAAAUUGCAUGAAGGGCAUCUUUCUUUCUUUCUUUCUUUUUCUUCCCUUUUACUUUGUUUUGCUCUUCUUUCAGUUGGAGUAAAUGUGAUAAUCACUUAGAGAGGGAUGUUUGGCUUGGUCUUGUCACCACCAUCUCCAAAAGUCAUGUUUUUGGUUGCAUUCUUUCAUUGACAAGGAAAGCCAUCCCUCUCUCUCUUUCUGAUUGGUGACAAGAAUAGACUAACAAGUACAGAAAGCCAGUGAGUAACUGCAAUUUGCACAUGAAUCCACCUUUUGUCUUUUUUUCCUCUCUAAACUAUCAAAAUACUUUUAAAAUAAUGCUCACCCGUUACCCAAGUUUUGUUCUUUUCUUUGCACUUUGGUCCACUCUUCUGUUAGUUACUACCACACCCAACAAAACCUAAGCAAGAUCUGGAUUAUUGAUUUUUGUACUUUACAACCCAAACA